UCUCCCCCCCCCCCUCCCCCUCUGCUCCUGCUUAAUGUUUGGUUAGUUUGUCACAUCUUCUCAACGGCUUUAUUUAUUUUUGUCCAUGCUUUGUCAACCAUCGUGGCCCCGAGCUGGAUUUUUCGGAGAGUCCUUUGUUUAAGGGAAACAUUUUAGCUUAACUUUCAUUUCUAGUUGCAUCAUGUCAUCUCCUGCUCCAAAGUCUCCUGAGCAAUCAGACAAGACUAAGAAAUAUGACAGACAACUCAGAUUAUGGGGUGAUCAUGGUCAGGCUGCCCUUGAAGCAUCCCAAGUGUGUCUCAUCAAUGCCACAGCAAUGGGAACAGAAAUUUUAAAAUCUCUGGUUCUUCCUGGCAUUGGUGGUUUUACUAUUGUGGACGGGAAAAAAAUUGCAGAGGAAGACAUUGGAUCGAACUUUUUCUUAGAAGCUGAUAAUGUUGGCAAAUCCAGAGCUGCUGUGGCCUUGCGUUUACUGCUGGAAUUAAAUUCUGAUGUACAUGGAGAUUCUGUAGAUGAGGAUGUGGAUCAAGUUCUUGUCAACAACCCUGACUUCUUUAACAGCUUUCAUGUUGUGAUUGGAACAGCAUUGUCAGAAAGGACACUGACAGCUCUUUCUGAAAAGCUUUGGGAAUGUGGAAUACCUCUGAUCACUUGUCGCAGUUAUGGUUUCCUUGGAUACAUGCGUAUUCAAGUAGCUGAACAUACUGUGGUGGAGUCUCAUCCCGAUAAUCAAAAUCCUGACCUGCGCCUAGACCAGCCUUUUCCUAGCCUUCAAGAGCAUGUUGAAUCCAUACAACUAAGUUCAUUAGAGCUGAAGGAACAUGCUCACAUACCGUAUGUGAUCCUUUUACUCAAGUUCUUAGAAAAGUGGAAAGCUGAAAAGGGACCUUCCCUUCCCAAGGAUAGAAAGGAAAAAGAGCAAUUUAAGGAGAUGAUAAGACAAGGUCUUCUGGUGGAUGAGCAUGGCAAUGUAGAAUCUGAGGAAAAUUUUGAGGAAGCUAUUAAAGCUGUGAACUCAACUGUUCAGCCGACUUCAAUACCUUCUAGUGUUAAAGAGAUACUGGAUGAUGAUGCUUGUGUCAACCUCACAGCCAAGAGCAAACCAUUUUGGAUUAUGGCUAAAGCUAUCAGAGACUUUGUUGAAAAUGAAGGAAAUGGUAACUUACCUUUGCGUGGUUCUGUUCCUGACAUGACAGCAAAAACUGACUACUAUGUUGCUCUUCAGCAAGUGUAUCAUGAACAAGCGGCCCGUGAUACCGACGUGGUAUAUCGCCGUGUUCAGCAGCUUUUGCACCAGCUCAAUCAACCUGCAGACACCAUUUCAGAGUCUGAUGUUAAACUAUUUUGCAAACAUGCAGCAUGUCUUAGUGUAAUGAGGGGUACCAAAAUUGCGGAAGAAUAUGUCUCAAAAUCUACCAAUGCUGCAUUAAUAGCUCAAGAGCUAGAGAACCCAGACAGUAUGAUGGUGUACUAUGUUAUGCUUCGUGGAAUAGAUCGAUUUUACUCUGAAUACAAUGUGUACCCAGGCGAGUUUGAGGUAGAGCCUGAUAUAAUCAAACUGAAGAGUUGCAUAUCAAAACUCUUAAGUGAGUGGGGAUGUGGAACAUUAGCCAAGGAUGACUAUGUUCAUGAAAUUUGUCGUUAUGGAGGAGCUGAACUGCACUCAGUUUCAUCAUUUAUCGGUGGCUGUGCUGCUCAAGAGGUCAUCAAAUUUAUAACUCAUCAAUACAAGCCAGUUAAUAAUACUUUCAUCUAUGAUGCAAUGACUUCAAACUCUGUAACAUACAGUUUUUGAGAAGUGGUCUUGAGAAGCAUGCUUACUUGACUGAUAUGGCUCUCCUGUUCCUCAAACCUAGUGUGCUGGUAUGUGUGUGGAAGGUCCCAGUUCCCGUUUCUUUCUGAUUGUUCUUAUUCUCCACAAAUUAAAUUGAUGGAUGAAAUCGUUGCUUGUUCUAAACUGAAUUGUUACAUAUGGAAACAUAAUUUAAAUCUAAUCAUAACAGCUUUUUUUUUUUUUUUUUUCAUUUUGCUUUUCUUUAAUUAGCUUUGUAAACCAGUCACAAACAAACCCAUUUGAUUAUUGUUCCUUUUUUUGUUUUGUUUUUAUACUUUUAAAUAUAAUGGAUUUGUUUUCAACAAGCCAAACAGGAAAUACAAUUUUCUUAACCAACAGCCUAUUAAAUCCUUAGCUAUCAUGGCAGAACUCCCAAACAGCAACAGAAUGUAAAAUAGCAUAAUCAUGCCUACAAUUCUAGAGCCUUUGCAGAUUCUCUCAGAUUUUCAUGGUUGAGUCAUGGUAGAAAUUGUUCAUCACUAAAUAGUGUUGCAGAACUGUUCAGAUAUUUAGCCAAGCCACCACUUGGGGAAAGAGAGAGUAGAAAUUCACAGAUGACUCCUAGUUUGCAACAUCUCAACUCUGAAAAAAUGAUGGGACGAGCUUAACUCUCACAUGGCUCUCAAGCUUAAGGCAAAACAUGACCAAAGUAUUGCACUUCUAACAUUUAAUAAUUCAUAGUAAUUACAUAACAAUUUUUUUUUUCUUUUUCUGACAAUUUCUUGCCAUAUGCUUUGUAGCAUUUUCACUAUUAAUAAUACACACCAUAACCAAGAUGACAUGCUGACACCUAUCAUAAGUAUAAAAUUCUGCAAAUCGGACAAUAUAUACUCAAAAGUUUAAAAUGCAGCUAUUAUACUUCACUAAUGACUUAGUGUAGGAUUAUGUUUUUCAUUGUGUUGUGAAGCCAACACCUCAAAUUGACUGA